UCUCUGCACUCCACCUUUCACGGGUUUUCGCUUGUGCGUUGACCAUAAAACGACACUUCUCUCUUUGCUCCUACUGAUUCACUUCAGAGGGAGAGAGAGAGAGAGAGAGAGAGGAGAGAGAGAGGCACUGAUGAACGACCUCUCCAAUGGAGUUCUGGUAGAGAAGAACACUUGCAGCUGCAAACCCAUUCCGUCUCUGGCCCUCUACAUUCUGAUUCCCCUCUUCUUCGUUGGCCUUUCUCUCUCCAUUUUCCUCCUCGUCGUCGUCCGCAACGCGGCUUUCUUCCUCUUCUUCCUCUUCCUCUCCUCUCUCGUCCUCGCUUUCAUCCUCUGGAACACCCGUAACUCCACCGCCAAAGCCGCCAUUCUCUUCUUCCUCCGCUCUCUUCCUCACUCCGACCUCCGUCACGCCCCAGAAGGCCGCCUCGUCAAGAUCACUGGGUUUGCAUCAUGUGGAAGUGUCUCCCUGGAAUCUUCCUAUGAAAAGGCUGCCAGAUGUAUCUAUUCGUCAACUCUUUUAUAUGAAUAUGGGGGCUUGGAUUUAAAGCCAGUAAAGGUCAAUAGAUCAUGCUUCCAAUGGAGUCUAACAUAUUGUGAGAGGUUCUCCACAGACUUUUACAUAACUGAUAAGAAGUCUGGUCUCAGAGCCACUGUAAAAGCUGGUUCCGGCUGUAGAGUUAUUCCGUUGGUCGUCGAGAGUCAACUCGUCAACACCACAAGACAGUGCAGAAUCCUCUCUCCACCUCUCAGGAAAUGGUUAAGAGAGAGGAACCUCUCCGAUGAACCGCGUCUCCUGCGUCUAGAAGAAGGGUAUGUACAGGAAGGAAGCACAGUGACUGUAGUUGGAAUAGUACGUAGAAAUAAUGAGACGACGACGAUUGUUCAACCGCCAGAAGUCCUGUCCACGGGAUGUUUAUGGCAAAAGUUGCUUCUCCCCGUUGACAUUGAUGGACUCAUACUUAGCGUUUCACGAAUGGCUGUCCAUUCUAUCAACCAAGAUUCUGUGCAAAACAUGGAUUGGUAGAACUACUAGUGUUUCUGACUCACAUAUAUGGGAUAUGGCUAAAAGAGCGUAGGAGCUGAAUGUUUCGGAUGAUGAAACUAUUAUUAUGUGAAGCUUUUACAGGGUUUUUUUUUUUUUUUUUUUCAUAAUCUCCUGUUUUUCUUUCGAAUUUUCUAGCUCACUGUAUCUUCAACUGUAACAAUUUGCCUCUGACAGGCUCAUGCAGACUUAUUUUGACUAGCAUUGAUUAGGAAAUUCAAUGCUUUAACCUAAUUCGUUUAUGUAGCAGUUAUAGCCUCAGUUUCUAUGUUAUAAUCUAACUUUUCUUUUU